AUGGCAUUCCCUUCAGCUUCAGAGCUAAACCUCUCCCCGCUCAGCGAUAAUUCUCCGACCCUACCUACCCGCACGACUGUGGAACCCACCUCCAGCUCCCGCAGCUGUGUCACUUGCCGCCGCCGUAAGGUCCGAUGUAACAAACGUUCGCCAUGCUCAAAUUGUACAAAGGCCGGGAUCAACUGUGUCUUCCCGCCCCCUGGCCGUGCCCCGCGUAAAUCGAAACGCCCCCCAGACGCUGAGCUGCUUUCGCGUCUGCGUCGUUUGGAGGGCGUUAUUGACCACCUCAAGAGUGGCCAGGCGGAGGGAAGCCCUCCAGCUCCGGGCAGCUCCUCGACGGGACCUUCCACUAUCCGGAGUGACACUUCGAGGUCUGAGGCUGAGCCGCAACAGCCACAACAACAACAACAAACACAACCCCAGCCACAGCAGGAUCACGGUUGUCCAUUUGAAAAAUUUGAAAACGCAGACCCGAGUAAUGCGCCAAAGAUACUCGAAAAUGAAUUUGGUCGACUGGUUAUCGAUGAAGGCCGCAGCCGAUACGUAAGCAAUCGGCUCUGGGCGAGUCUUGGUGACGAGAUCGAAGAGUUGCAGGAUAUUCUCGGUCACUCGUCCUCCGAUGAAGACGAAGUGGCUUCCCCAGAGUCGGCGCAUUCGGGCUCACAUGAUGGGUUCCUGUUCGGGUUCUACUCACUUUCACAGUCUCUCCAAGAGUUUUAUCCUCCCAUGCCCAAAGUAUCAAUGCUUUGGGAAAUUUACAAGGAAAAUGUCGCCCCUCUAAUCACUAUCGUACAUAGGCCAACAGCUCGGAACCUGUUCGCCGAAGCAGCAAAGAACCCAGGUGCUCUGGAUAAGAACCAGGAGGCUCUGGUGUUCUCAAUGUUCCUCUGCGCCCUUGUCAGUAUGAAGCCUGACCAGUGCAUGGCUCAAUUUGGCUUAGAUCGCACCACGGCCGUCAAGCGGUAUCGUUUUGCAACGGAGCAAGCACUUGCAAAAGCCGGGUUCCUCAACACACAGAGCUUGAUCCUUCUUCAAGCGGCGGUCAUGUUCUUGGUCUGUGUCCGACGAGAAGAUGAUAGCAAAUUUGUUUGGUCGAUGACUUCAAUUGUCUUACGCAUUGCUCAGGGCUUAGGUCUCCACCGGGAUGGAACCAACUUUGCUCUCAAACCAUUCGAAACUGAAAUGCGCCGCCGGUUAUGGUGGCAUAUCUCGCUGCUGGAUGUUCGAGCAUCAGAGGACCAUGGCACGGAUCCACUCAUCCAUGAGACCAUGUACGAUACUCGACUGCCAUUGAACAUUAAUGACGAAGAUAUCACGCCUGAUAUGGACGAGCCACCCGCAGAACGGGAGGGCUGCACAGAUGCUACAUUCUGUCUUAUCCGUUGCGAAAUUACGAGCGCUCUGCGACGAGCCAACUACGUUUGUCCUGGUGCUCAGUGGCGCACCCCUGGUGGUAUACCAUCCCCGGAAAGAUGCGAGCGUAUGAUCCAAAUCAUCAGUGAUCGCUGUGAGCAAAAAUACAUCAGACACUGCGACAUGAAUAUACCAAUCCAAUGGUGUUCGGCAACAGUGGCACGUCUUAUCCUUGCUAAGCUAUGGCUGAUCGUUCAUCAUCCCAUGACCCGCAAAGAUCGCAGCAACAUCUCGCAAGCAACACGCGAAAGCCUAUUCCAGACCGCAAUUGAAGUUCUUGAGUUCGGCCGUUUACUCGAAGCCGAUCCUAAAACUGCGAAAUGGGGCUGGUUGUUCCGCACCAAUAUGCAAUGGCACGGGGUCGCCUUUGUGCUUUCUGAAAUCUGCGUUCGUUCAAUGUGUCCAGUGACCGAUCGAGCAUGGAACGCGGUCAGCUCACUCUACGCAGACUGGGCAGUCCAGGCGACCCACAAAAAGGGCAUGCUCUGGCGGCCCCUUGCUGCUCUGAUGAAGCGAGCUACCGCCAGACGCGCGGCGCAGCACCAGGAGCUGAUAGAGACGUUCGGACCAAUACCUCCCAGUGGGCCUACAGUGAUUGGUGGGGAUGAUCAAUCCCUCCCGAAAAUUUACAUGCCCAAUCUACCAGCAGCUCGAACACCACUUGCAUCAGGCGAAAAUAUCGACAUUGAUCUUAGUCAGGGGCCACUGGGCGCUCUGCAAAACAUUUUCUCAGGCUCAGGCUUGGACCUCUUCGAUCCGUCAACCAAUCUGCUCAAUGAUUCUAUUCAAAUCGCCCCAGACACCUCCGUGAUGUCCUACAACUCCAUGAACAAUCCUCUUCUUAACCCAGUAACGUGCCCCGAGAUAUCUGAGGCACCUCAGCUUAGCUGGGAGGAAUGGGAUCAAGUCAUGCGUGAUUUCCAGAUGGAUGUUGAAAAUGACGAUUCUGAUCCGACCAAGGGGACAAACGUCGGUGAAUGGUUUGCUUGA